GUCUUCGCGUUCUUCCUCAAUGUCGGCCUCUUCGUCCUCGCUCUCACCCGCAGUACCUUCUCCUUCUCCUCCCUCCGGCGCCUUUGGAGGAGGAGGAAGUGCUGUUGGUUUUUCUUGGGGUGGUACCGGCGGUUCAAAUUGUUCGGGUAGCACUUUUAAUUUGCCUGCAACUUUUGUUGAGCGAUUCGCACCCCGAGCCUUGGGCUCCUGAGGGGUAGCGGGCGGCCUAGAGCUACUUGGGAGUGAAGACAUCGUGGUUUUAUUUUACUGCUUGCCAACGUCUCCUACGACGACGAGAUCUGUAUACACGGGACGCUUUAAUUACAUAACCAGCCAGCCCAAUAAGGGAUGUACAUCAACCACCAACACCCGCCAACCAUCACGGCCGUGCUCGGCCGCUUGUUCUGCUUUGUUGUCUCCUUUAAUUCAACUGCUUCUCCAUUUCUCAAAAGUAUUCUAGCUAUACAGCUUUGGAAGAUAAUCCUGAUAUAGACGAACGCCUACGCCUCAAAACGGAGUAUAGUGCAAAGCACAUUCUAACUUGAACGUUGAGAGCAUUGGUAAACUGAUAUUAAUUUGCACACGUAUUCCACAUCUUUGAAUUACGAGCCUACGCUGCAACGCGUGACAGCUACAGAGAGUCCGUUUGAUGUCUCAAUCCCGCCCUGAAAAUGGCAAUACACCGAACGAUGCCGAGAAUAACAACGAAUACUUUUACACCGUGCUUAACCUCCCACGAACGGCGUCGGACCAUGAUAUUCGAGAGCGUUACAUGCACCUUUCCGUUAUUUUCCAUCCAGACAAGCAGUUAGACGAAAGCAGGGUGGAGACAGCAACAAAGAACUUUCUUGAAAUUCAGAAGGCGUAUGAAGUGUUAUCCGACCCGGUGAGACGAGAGGCUUAUGAUCUAAUGGGCUUGAAAGGUUUACAACUCCUGCGUAACAUUGAUGCGCAGGCAUUAUCACGCGAUGAGGUUAGAGCGCAAUUGCUUGAAAUUAAACGUCGAGAGCAUGAAAUGCAUGUGGACGAAUUGAUUACUCCGAGAGGUCGUGUUAGCCUUGGACUGGACGCCAGCUCCCUGUUGUACAAGACAGGAACGCGCGUGAGCCUAUAUGAAGAGCCCAAAGGUAGACUCUCUGGUGUGGGACGAUCAGGGUUUGCUGUCCAACAUUCGCUCGCGAAACAGGUCCGUCAAGGCACCUCUGUUUCGAUGUUAGCGCGUCUGUCUGCCGGUCGGGAUCCUGACAGAAGGAGCGGAGGUGCAUUUUGGGGCACCGUUCGACAUCAGUUUUCUCCGCGAUUUGAAUGCCAGGCUACUACUAGCUUGCUUCGUUUUGGAACGCUGAAAUUGGGUGGAAAUUAUCGCCACGAAGACUAUACAGUGGCAUCGCACAUCACAUUUAGGCCUUCAAUUAUAGACAUCAUCCAUCAUGUCUACAACCAUCCUUCGCAUGCAGGCAAGGUCCUACCUUCUUCCAUACCUGUCACUUUGGCUUUUUCCCGCCGUCUUUUCCCCACUUCUAACGCACAGGGACUGUUCUCCUUUUCGACCACUUCCCAGUUUGUGGAUAUGCAACUGUCCUAUCUGUCAGACCCCUAUCCAUUUGACUUGAGCGCCGAGGCCGACGAACUUUCGCAUGCCACUCUAUCCGAGCGAUCUCUACAUCUGCCUUCGCGGUCUGGACUUGUGGGGGAGCGAUAUUGGAGAGUGGGCAUGGGGAUUAGGGGAGCCUUACCCUCUUUGAAUGCCCAAUACGUAUUGAAUUUCUCAGAGCUGAAUAUUCAGCUGAGAAACUUGGUUGAGCUUGGCCUACUGGGCGUAGCUGUAGUCGUAGGUGCCGGCUGGACGAGCGAGGAUACAAGCUCGAAUGUCAGCGCAGAUGUCGAACUCAGCGCUGGUGGCGUCGCCCUGGAACUGAAUUUUUCAUAUCUGCAUCAACAUUUCCAUAUGCCAAUCGCUCUUUCACAUGAGUAUGAUCCCGCGUUAGCCUUCUGGACAGCCUUAAUGCCAUCUACUGCAUUUGUCCUGGCGUAUCACUUCGUCUUCAAGCCACGGAACCGUAGGCGACGCCUUGACUUUCUCCGCCAGGCACGACGUGAACUGAAGGAAGCCAAGCCAGAAAUACUUAGACAGCAUGAGGAAACCGUUUACUUACUUAGAGAUACCGCGAGGAGGCACACGCAGGCCGAGGCUUCAAUUGACGGUUUAGUCAUUCUCGAGGCCUGGUACGGUCCUGAAGAACAAGUCGAGGGCUUCGAAUCCCUGGACCUCAACGUAACCAUACCCAUUCAGGUUCUAGUUAGGAAAAGUCAACUGUAUAUACCAGGAAGGCGCAGUAAGACAGUCCUUAGAUCGGUUUGUUGUAUCCGAACACCUUUCACGGAAGGUAAUCAUGACUGGAUCGACCCCAUAUCUACUUCGCAGCAUCGAUGCAAUGCUUGCGGUGCCAAUAAAGAGUCCGCGGAUUUCUUAUGGUUCCCUGGGUCGUUCUGUGUUCCAACGGAGGCAUUACUUGUAGUGACACUGCAGUGGUACAGAUUGUCAUAAUCUGUCGCUGCCCGUUUGCUCGUGGACGUUUCUCAAGGUCCGCAUCACGCAUGGCGAUGGUACAUGUUCACGUACUCUUAUCUAUCAUCGUCUGAUUUCCAUAUUCUGCACGGCAUGGCUGUCAUCAUUGUGACGGUCUUCAUCGAACUGCAUCGCCUUGUCGUAUUGUGACGGCAUUAUGGUCAACAUAACCUUACUGACUGGCAAUCCAAAUGCGGUGUUAGGCCGGUCUGCAAGGAUUCUAUGAUCCCGUGCCAGGAGUACCAAAAUCUCUUCGCAUUCGCUAUACAUUCCGUGGUCGUGAACAUUACGCAGAGACUCCCGAUUAUUUGCCGGUUGUGCUUCCCCUCGAAGAACAUCUGGUCCAAUGAGAUAUGUCAUGACCCAUGGUUUGCGUUCGUCAAGGAUGGUUAUCAUCUACGUCCUGUAACAGCUGUUCUAGGAUACUGCCAAUCCCCACUCUACUUCUUUAUAUUACACUAUUUAUGUUGUUGAUUCUUGCUAGACGAAGGUGGU